AUGGCUCCUGCGAGAAUCGGCGUCGUCACCGGCGCAAACAAAGGCAUCGGCUUGGCCGUUGUCCGUCAACUGGCGCUUCAGUACCCCACGUCACACAUUGAGAACGGCUCCUUUUUGGUCUAUCUUACCUCCCGCGACGACACCCGCGGCAAAGAAGCUGUCGCAUCUCUGGAACAGGAACUCCAGAAAUCCAAGGUUCUUGCGACAGAUGGGGGAGCCACUGAAGUCAAGCAUCAUCAACUGGAUAUCUCCGAUUCAAAGAGCAUUAAGACCCUUGCAGACUAUCUGAAAAAGGAGCACCCAGAUGGCAUUGACUUCGUCAUCAAUAAUGCCGGUAUUGCCCUAGAGGGCUUCGGUAACACUCUGGAGGCCACGCGCGCCUGGAUCCCCACCCUCAAGGCCGAUGGCCGCAUCGUCAACGUGGCCUCCAUCUCCGGCGCGCUAAACAAGUACUCUCGCAGCAUCAGGGACCGUUUCAUCAACGCAGAGGCCGUCGAUGAUGUCACGGAUCUCAUGGAAGAGUUCACAGCCGCCGUUGCGAAAGGCACGCAUGAGGCUGACGGAUGGCCCAGUGCUGCGUAUGCCGUGUCGAAAGCUGGCGAGAUCGCACAGACGAGGGCCAUUGCAAAGGAAUUGAAGGACGACGGCAGCAAGAUUCUCAUCAACUCUUGCCAUCCCGGCUGGGUCGUGACUGAUAUGACCAAGGGCAAGGGGACGAAGACGGCCGAUCAGGGAGCGCAGACGCCGGUUCAACUGGCGAUUGAGGAUAUUGGCGGCAAGUCGGGCACGUACUGGUCUGACGAGAAAGAGGUCGACUGGACUGCUUGA